AUCUGGGAACCAACGGCGCGGAAAUCUAAUAAAUUUCAACAGUCGCUCCUGAACCGAAACCCAUUAUUAUACUUCCCUACUCCAAAGAAAAGAGUCCAUACUCUGAAAAAAAAACCACCUCAGCUAAAAAAAAAAUAAACAAACUCUUAACUUAUUAACCCAAAGAUAUUCCUUCCAAUAUCUAACUUGCCUUCUUAGCCUAUUUCCCAAUUUUCACUUCUCUCAAUAUCUGUCAAAUUGUUCACGUUAUUUUCCCCAUCAUUCGCGUUGAUUCCCAUCCUGAUUUUUUCCUUCGCGUAUCUGAUCUGUGAUUGGUCCAUCUCUGCAGCCAGUAAAACUGCUCCUUUUCCACAGGAAAACUGAUCGAAUUGGUUUUUCAAGCUAUCAGCUUGAUUAGAUUUGAGCUAACAGUAGCUGAAGACUUUUAGUAUCAUUGUUUGCUUUCUCCGCUUCAGAACCCGCAGCUAGCUUUUUUGCUUUCCGCUUCCGUUGUUUCAUUUUCCCCUUUCGUCUGCUAAACUUUUUCCUCGUGACUACCCAUCGGUGGAAUUUUGCGCGGUCAUCAAAAUCAUCAUACCCGAAACAAACUUCUUCAACUGAACUAGAUAACACACAACAAUACUUAAGCAUAGUAGUCAUUUGGUCUGCAGUUAUCUUCAAUCAACCAAAAACUGAGUGAAGCUUCUUGAAAAAAUAUACGGUAAUAAAAAACCGCAGACUUUUCUUUCGUGGUUGUUACCUUGACGCUUCACUGUUCAUUGCUUGAUCAGUCAACUCUUAAUCAGGAAAUAAAACCUGAAGAGUUUGCGACUGGCAACUGAGCCGAAACGAGUUGAAUCGACACGCACUGAGUCAGAAAAACACGAACUCAUAAUAUAGAAAAGGUGUGCUAGUUCUGCUAUACUUCAUUGGUGAUUUGUGACCACUGAUUUCGUGGAAACUUCGAGGAGCUUCUCGCAACAUGGAUUUCGAGAUGUUUUCGGAUCGGUGCAAACAGCUCAAGUUUUUCCCAGACUCCGAUUUGGGUCACGGGGGCGUGAACCAGUUGGGGGGAGUGUAUGUGAAUGGGAGGCCACUGCCAGAUAUGGUGCGACAGAGGAUAGUUGACCUGGCCCAGAGUGGGGUGAGGCCAUGCGACAUUUCCAGACAGCUCAGAGUCAGUCAUGGAUGUGUCAGCAAAAUACUCGCCAGGUUCUACGAGACAGGCUCCAUCCGUCCAGGGGUGAUUGGGGGCAGUAAGCCUAAAGUGGCCACUCCUGGUGUGGUGGACAAGAUAGGAGAAUAUAAGAGACUCAAUCCGACCAUGUUCGCGUGGGAGAUCAGAGACAGGUUGUUGCAGGACAAUGUCUGUUCAUCAGAAACUGUGCCUAGUGUGUCUUCUAUCAACAGAAUUGUGAGAAACAAAAUUGGAGACAAAUUGGACGGAGAUGGUAAGCGGGACUCUCUCGGUGACUCCAUGUCCACACCUGGCGGCCAUGAUUGUAUGGACAAGGAUCCCCAGUCACAUCUAGUGUCCUCUUCAGUGACGAGUAAUGGCUCCUCCUAUUCCAUUAAUGGAAUAUUGGGAAUGAGGGAUGCUCUGAGUGGACUGUCCAGAAAAAGAACUUCUGGCAUUGCAUUCGAUGGAGACCGACUCUUAGACCACUCCUCCAAACUCAAAAGAGGUGACGACCCCCACCACAACCACCCCUCAGCCUCUCUCUUCCACACAGCCCACAUGCACCCCUCCCCCCACCCUAUGGGUCCCUUUGCCGCUUUCGCCACUGCACCCCAAGGGCACAUGGGGGCAGCGGGGGUGGGGACUUAUGGAGCGACAGUGGGCACAGGGUACCCUGCCUAUGUGCAUCAGCAUCACAAUCACGCAGCUCAUUUCAACAGUGGGGAUACUAGAAUGAUGCAAUCACAGAUGAUGGCUGCAGCUGUGAACCCGCACUCUCUCUACUACGAUAAAAUGACCACACCCUACUUCACAUCAGCACUCCCCUCAGACUACCUCAGAGCAGUACAGGGUGCCACUUCAGGAGGGGUAGUGGGGGGAGGGAUCCCCACCUCACUCAACCCCACACUUGGAGGCAACUCAAACACAAUCAACAACCUAUCCAGUAGUAAUGCAUCCGAUAUGAUGUCAUCACAUUACGCCCUCUUUCAAAGCCCAAUGAGUCAGAACCCCUCUUUGGUCGGGGGUGGGGGGCAACAACAGUUGUCUGCAGGGGGGAUGGAUCUGAACUUGCAGAUAUCGAUGGCAAAUAAUGCGAAUUCAAGUGGGGAUAAUGUAAAAGAUGGAAGAUCUAGUUCUGACGCCAAUGUGGGCCUGUUCGACUCACAGCCCAGAUCGGACUCCGAGAAGACUGCGACUAUCUUGGAGGGCGACACUUCUUCUCUGCUGCUGCAGGGGUCUAACAAGCAGGCCACUUCUCUCGUCCCCCCUCUCAUGAAUGUCAACUCCUCUUUCGGGAGAACAGGCACAAGUGUCACAGGGACCCCACAUCAUGCACCCAGCAUGUAUGCUGCACUCUACCCAUCAGCUACCCAAGAAUACGCUCAGAGUCUUCAGCAGGUGUACUCAUCUGCCGCAGCUGCGGGAGUUGGGGUGGGGGUGGGACAGUACAACCCAGUAGGGGUGGGGGCAAGUGCGGCUGCAGCUGCCGUCGGUUUUCCCCACACAACCACUGACUGGCACCACAGAUUCAACCCUUCUCUCAUUGUUUAAAGCCGAAGAUGAUUCUGCUCAACUUAGCUCCCGAAGUUCAACGUCAUCUCGCAAUGGACUAGAUCAAUCAAAAGUGGAGUGGUGCUAUUCGACUGUUUUCAUCAUUAAUCUUUCCCUCUUAAACUCUCUACCAAAUUAUGAACUAUUAGUUAGAUUCGUUUUUAAACCCCUAAGUUGUAUAUUGUGAUGUGAAGGGUUUAUUACUGAAAAAAAUAUAUAUAUUUUUUGUAGUUUCAACCAACAAAUGAUUCUAUAUUUCUGCUUUCUUUCCAAUAAAGCU